CUCCAAUGACUGUUAAUGAAAUUAAAGCUGUUUUGUUUGACGUUCUUUUAGGAGGUGUUAGUGCGCUAAGCAGUGCAUUAUGCUUCAUUAUAUAUAACGUUGCAAAAAAUCCAGAAAUUCUUGGCAAAAUUCAUAAAGAAAUCGAACAAGUUAUUGGGUUGGAUCCAGAUACUGAAAUUACUCAUGAAAAUCUCAAAAAAUGUCAUUAUCUUGAAGCAUUGAUUAAAGAAGCGAUGCGUCACACU